CCUUCUGCUACAGCACAGCCAGAGGAGGGGAGAUUCAACCCUAAAAUAAAGGAUUUUUUUUUAGUGGCGUGAAGACUUUGAUCACUGCAGAUAUUUUUUUUUAUACACAUUUUGAUUUACUGAAGAUAAAGAUGUCUAAUAUGUCAGUGAAAGCUCUGUUCGUCUUCUGCAUUUCAGCACAGGUUUUGACUCUAGCAUGGUCCCAGGUGUGUCCUCGUGCAUGUCAGUGCCCUAAGGAGCCCCCCAUGUGCCCCCCCGGGGUGCCCCUGAUCCUGGACGACUGUGUGUGCUGCCUGGUGUGUGCCCGUCAGAGAGGACAGGUGUGUUCAGACCUGAAUCCCUGUGACACCAGAAAAGGACUCCAGUGUGACUACACAGUGGAUGUGAAUAAGAAGACCGGUAUUUGUACAGCUCAUGAGGGAAUUGUGUGUGUCUUGGAUGGGACCGUCUACCAAAAUGGCCAGACCUUCUUCCCCAGCUGUAAGUACCAGUGUAUGUGCCGUGACGGACAGAUCGCCUGUGUACCGCGCUGCAACGUGGACGUGAUGCUGCCGGGGCCCGACUGCCCCAUGCCACGGAGGGUCCAGAUCCCAGGAGAGUGCUGUGAGAAGUGGGUGUGUGAGCCCCAGGCUGAGGCCAGCGCUCUGGGCGGCUUCGCCAUGGCUGCUUAUCGUCAGGAGGAAACCGUGAGUUUUGACGGUUGGGACCCCAGUCUGAACUGCAUUGAACAGACCACCGAGUGGGGGGCCUGCUCUCGAACCUGUGGCUUGGGCAUUUCAACCAGGGUGACCAACAAGAACCGCAAAUGUGAGAUGGUGAAGCAGAGCCGUCUGUGUAUGAUUAGACCCUGUGAGGACCAGCACACACAGCUCACACAGCCUGCACUCAAGAGAGGCAAUAAGUGCCAGAGGAUGGUGCGGAGUGACAAAGACAUCCACUUCUCUUAUAAAAACUGCACCAGCGUCCAGGCUUACAAGCCCCGCUUCUGUGGCACAUGCACUGACGGACGCUGCUGCACCCCCCACAGAACCAGGACCGCUCUGGUGGAGUUCCAGUGCACCAACAGUAAAGUCAUCAGGAGGCCCGUCAUGGUGAUCCUGACCUGCGCCUGCCACAACAACUGCCCCCGAGACAACGCCGUGUGGGAUACAAUGGCAUGAAAUCAAAAGCCAUAACAAUGAGGUUAGAAAGAACAACAAAUCCACAUAGUUACUGAUGGUUUUGUCUGUAAAUCUGGGUUUUAAUAUAAGCUUGCUUGAAGGACAGCACAAUAAAUAGUAUUUAAAGUGUAUAAAGGCCUAAUACUAGAAACAUAUCCACAGAAAAUAUGACCAGAAUCAUCCAUUUGCUCAGAAAAAUAAGAGUCCUCUUUUGAAGUGGAGAUUGUAGAGAUCAAAAUAGCUCUGUAUUUCCCUCUCCUGGAGUGGGAUUUUUUUUUGUAGAACAUCCUGUGGACAAAAAAAGUGUUGACUUCACUAUUGCUAAACAGAAUCAAAGCACUUAACCCUUGGUGUACACAGCGUUAAGUCUCUCUUACUUGUAGAGGUGAGGUAGAUUAGGCUGCUUUAUGACAGAUUUAUGACAGAUUUAUGACAGAUUUCAGUUGGUUUAAGGUCAGAGGUUCUGUCACAUCAUCAGAUGAGUUUGUACAGAGGUUUAACUCCGAACAGUUUCUGUUCAGGAGGUUAAUUUAUAAAGGUAUGAAGGACAACAGUGACAGGGUAAAGACGAUGUACAGCUGUGCGACGCUCACAUCAACGCUGACAUGUGGGUUGAUCCGUCUUGUUUGACUAGAUGUUUUUUAUUGACGCUGUUGUUUCAUGUUUGUUUCUGACAUAAACAUAAACAGCGAGCUUCUAUUCAGUUUAGAUUGUGAGGAUUUUUAGAAGGUAAAGUAACGCGGCCUCUGGCUCCAAAUAAAAUAAUAAAUGUUUUUGUAAUACAUAACACUUUGGUCCAGAAGAGAAAAGAAAAAAACAAUAACACCACCAUUACCCUCAUAUUUUCCCUCUGAUAGAAUAAGCUUCACCGUGGCAGGCUCCAAACGAAGGAUUUUAGAGUAAGCUGUUGGAAAUUUUCCAACUAUGAGACACAUUUCUGAAAUAACUGGACUGUGUACUUUGACCUGAUCCAAAAACCGGGGCUGAGCCUAUGAAAGCAAGGUCUCUGUUGUGACUUGGUGUCAUUUCUAACAUCUGUCUGUAACCUUACUCCUGUUGUAUGUCCAUCAAUUAAUCGAAAUGUACCAGAAUGCAAUGUGUUUGUUUGUAGGUUAGAAGUGAUCAUUCUGUUUGUUUCUGUUUUGUUUUUUUGUUUUUAUAGAGCACAUGAACAGCUAUUUUUCGAAUGACAAAAGUUUUGUAAAUACUUGCUGUAUAACUUGUUUGACUACGUGUGUAUCAAAUGCACAGCUUUAUGAUAACAAUGAAUUGUAUAUAUUGAUUUUUUUCACACUGCUUUUUCUUAUAUCUUUCAAUGCAAUACUCAAAAAUAAAUGUGUAUAUUUUGUAUCACAGUUCCAUCUUUAUUAUUAUGAUUAUUAUCUUUAUAAUUAUAAUAUAUGCUGAAAAGGUCAUGUUGUUAAUUGAAUUACAAAAGAUAGUGUUAAUUUGUGUUGGCAUGAUUUGACAAGAUAAUUA